AAAUGGAUAAGGGGGACAGUAACAACAGACGGACACUUAUACAGAGUUCCAAACAACAUGAAUAGAAAUGUCAGUUUGGGUUUAAAUUCAAAACGGAGUAAUUAUUAUAGGUUUACGAAAUGUUAAGACGUUUAGGAUCGUCGAGAUUACUUUCGUGCAACUUAUCUAGUGGUCCCGACCAUGGACAGGAACUGUCGAGAGAGACGCGAAAAGUUCCUACCAAACAGGUGUGCAACCUCAUAUUGGACCAUUUUGACAAACAGUACACAGAGGAACUUGGUCCAAUAUGGCCCUCGACAAGGGCUGUGUUACUGAAUCCUGGGUGCUGGCAGUAUGGAGUCAUGCUAAACCGUUUCACCUCUGUAUCAGAACUCAAACGACGCCUCCAGGGGCAUGGCUUCACUCCUCUACUGCCCCACCCCAACUCACCUUCAGCCGUGUCUCCCGCUCCCACCCCACACCUCCCCCCAACACCACAGAUCCACUCCUCACAGCAUCAUCUGUCCUUUACGGAGACAUUUCCUAAUUAUGCUGACAUCUCUCUUCCCCAGCCUAACGCCGUCAUUUCUCAACCUUAUUCUCUUGACGACUCUCUCCACCAGCUGAACACUGGUCCCCACCCCUUUCCUUCUCCAUCCCUGCAGUGUUUCAUCCACCCGUCCGCAGUGCGUUUCCCAUCUCCUCCCCACCGCCAGGGCCAGCUGAAGCCCUACUACCUUCUGAAUGCUGCCUCCCUGCUCCCAGUGCUGGCCCUGGGGGUAAAGGAUGGGGACAGGGUCCUGGAUCUCUGCUCUGCUCCUGGGGGGAAGGCCCUGGCUAUAAUACAGGCUGCUAACCCAGCACUGUUGUGUUGCAAUGAAGUGGAUCCACACAGGCGUGAUUGGCUGGCGAAAACCCUAGAAUCUUUCAUCCCCCAAUCAUUGAGUAGCGCUAUUACAGUAUCCAAUCAGGAUGGGCGGAUCUUUGGGCAGACAGAAGCAGGAAUGUAUGACAAGGUGCUGGUGGAUGCUCCGUGUUCUAACGACCGCAGCUGGCUGUUCUCCUCGGGGGGCGGCGAGCAGCGAGGUUGUCUGAGACUGAAGGAAAGGGCCAGACUGCCCACACUGCAGAUGGAACUACUCAGGUCUGCUCUGGCUGCAGUGCGUCCAGGGGGUGUGGUCGUCUACUCUACCUGCACACUGUCACGCUCUGAGAACCAGGACGUAGUGAAGGCGGUCCUAAAUACCUUUCCAGGGGCGGAGCUUGAUGAUUUGGAGGAGGAGGUAGUCCUUCCACUGCAGCAACACUUCACAUUUGCCCCUCCCUGCCGACCCCAUGCCUUGUUAAGCCCAACCCUGUUAGGUCACACCCCCUCAUGUGGCCUGCUGGUGGUUCCACAUCCGGGUCAGACCUGGGGGCCGAUGUUUCUGUCACGCAUCAAAAGAACUCACUGACUUCCUGUUGCACAUCAAGAGGAUUUACUGACUUCCUGUGAUACAAGAUUUACUGACUUCUGGUUACUUAUCAAGCCUCCUUUUUAUGGAUGAGGUGGUAUUUGGGAGGAAAGAAAUUGUGCGUGAUGGCCGUUGACGAUUAGCCCCAUGGCAAUAAAAAUGCACUACUACA